CGACCCGCUUCGACCCGCUCCAGCAUCAGCAGCAGAGAUGCAGCCUGCACUGCCCUGAUCACGUUCAGCUUUUUAUUCUAAACACCUCGCUAUUCACGCAGUCAUCCAGCGACGCGCUGACCGAACACAGACAGAAUGCUGGAAGCUGGCAAAUAUGGGACAGCGAGCGUUCUGCUGAUGUUUACUGCAUUACUCCUGUACACUGGGUCCGCGGAGGAGCCCAAGCUCACCAACCAUCUUCUAGUGCAAUUACAUGAUGGAGGAAUCGAGGAUGCACAUCAACUUGCACAGGAAUAUGGCUUUCACAGUGCCAGGGAGCUUCCCUUUGGUGAAAGGCUUUUUCAUUUCUACCCUCGGGACACUCCUAAGAUGAAGCGAACACGCAGUACUCAUCGCCGCCAACAUCUGGAUGAGGACCAUAGGGUGAAAAGUGUGAUUGCUCAGGAGGCAUUUGAGCGUCAGAAGAGGGGAUAUCGGGACAUUAGCAACAUCGAUAUCAGUUUAAAUGAUCCACUUUUCAGCAAACAGUGGUACCUUAUAAAUACAGGGCAGGCUGAUGGCACACCCGGGCUGGACCUCAACGUGGCUGAAGCUUGGAAGAUGGGCUACACUGGAAAGGGAGUGACCAUUGCCAUUAUGGACGAUGGUAUUGAUUAUCUACAUCCAGAUCUUGCUACAAAUUAUAAUGCAGACGCUAGCUAUGACUUCAGCAGCAAUGACCCGUAUCCAUAUCCACGCUACACGGAUGAUUGGUUUAACAGUCAUGGGACCAGGUGUGCUGGAGAGGUCUCUGCAGUAGCUAACAACAACAUCUGUGGGGUAGGAGUGGCCUACAACUCAAAAGUGGCAGGUAUCCGAAUGCUCGAUCAGCCAUUCAUGACAGACAUCAUCGAGGCCUCCUCCAUCAGCCACAUGCCACAGGUCAUUGACAUCUACAGUGCCAGCUGGGGUCCCACUGAUGAUGGGAAGACAGUGGAUGGGCCCCGUGAGCUAACCCUUCAGGCUAUGGCAGAUGGUGUCAAUAAGGGCCGAGGAGGAAAAGGCAGUAUCUAUGUGUGGGCUUCCGGUGAUGGUGGGAGCUAUGAUGACUGCAAUUGUGAUGGCUAUGCUUCCAGCAUGUGGACCAUCUCCAUUAACUCAGCCAUCAAUGACGGACGCACGGCUCUUUAUGAUGAGAGCUGCUCAUCCACUCUCGCAUCGACUUUCAGCAAUGGCCGGAAGAGAAACCCAGAAGCAGGGGUGGCAACCACAGAUCUGUAUGGAAAUUGUACACUGCGUCACUCUGGCACAUCUGCUGCUGCUCCUGAAGCUGCUGGCGUGUUCGCCUUAGCAUUGGAAGCCAAUCCAAACUUGACUUGGAGGGAUAUGCAGCACCUGACAGUGCUGACUUCAAAAAGGAAUAAGCUUCAUGAUGAAGUGCACCAGUGGAGGAGAAAUGGUGUGGGCCUGGAGUUCAACCAUCUGUUCGGCUAUGGCGUGCUGGAUGCUGGCGCCAUGGUCAGCCUAGCACGUGACUGGAAGACGGUGCCUGAGCGCUUCCACUGUAUGGCUGGAUCGGUGCGGGAGACACAAAAAAUUCAGUCCGGUUCCAAGCUGACACUCACAAUCACUGCAGACGCUUGCCAGGGUCGAGAGAACUUUGUACGCUAUUUGGAGCAUGUCCAGGCAGUUGUGACAACAAACGGCAGCCGACGUGGUGAUCUCACGCUCAACCUGACGUCACCCAUGGGCACCAAGUCCAUCUUGCUGAGCCGACGACCACGUGACUCUGACUCCAACGUCGGCUUUGACAAGUGGCCUUUCAUGAGCACUCACACAUGGGGCGAAGAUCCGCGUGGCAUCUGGAUGCUUGAGGUUGGCUUCAGUGGAGACUCUCCACAGAGUGGCUAUCUCAGCGAGUGGACUCUCAUGUUGCAUGGCACCCAGAGUGCUCCCUACAUAGACCAAGUGGUCAGGGACUACCAGUCCAAAUUAGCCAUGUCCAAAAAAGAGGAGCUGGAGGAGGAGCUGGAGGAGGAGCUGGAUGAAGCUGUUGAGAGGAGUCUUAAGAAAAUGAUGAGUACAAGCAACUAGCCUAGCUCUGAACUGCAUGAUGCCAAACUUUCCUUUCUCUCUCUUUUAUCCUCUGUGUAUGUUAUGGUAUUUCACUCCUUUAAGUUUUUCUUUCAUGUGCUUUAAAGUCCCCUGUUAAAUUAUUGUGUCCUGUAGCCCGCAUUAAUAAAACAUAUAUUCUUCAAAA